AGAACGCUGAUAUUUCUUCUACCUGGGAAAGAGAGAAGAUUUGGGAUCUUGUCUUGGCGACCCCAGGUGCUGUUGAGAGAUCCAAUUGUGAUUAACAAUAAAUGACGUCUUCUGAGGUAGAUCCUGAUGUGGUUAGGUGGGGUCUCCAUCUUAUAGAUGUUUGUACUAUCAAUGAUGGUGGUUCUCCUGUCACCAUUACUCAGUAUGAUGAGGACAUGUCUCAAACUGAAUUUAUUAGAGAAGGUUACUGUGAUACUUCAGCUUCACAGUUACCUCAAACUGAGUUGAUCGGCAAAGGUUACUAUGAUACACCACAUGCUUAUGUGGAGAAUGAUGAGAUAAUUGCUCAUACCCUUCAAGAGGAAUUAUCACGAAUUGCAGUUGCUGAAUCCUCAGGAUCUUCACAUGAUGAGGAAGAAAAUCAGAAAGAGUCUGUUCUUUCUCAGGAUUGGCUGGGAUCGUCAAAGAGACACUGCGAAUCCGAUUGAAGAUGAAUCCACUCUUGAUGGUGAAGUUGGCAAAAGAUUGAACCAGAUGGUUUCUGUUCCUCAUGUUCCCAAAAUUAAUGGAGAAAUACCUUCAGUUGAUGAAGCUACUUCAGAUCAUCAGAGGCUAAUGGACAGGCUCGAGCUAUAUGAACUUGUUGAGUCAAAAGUUUCAGGAGAUGGCAACUGCCAGUUCCGGUCACUAUCAGAUCAAAUAUAUCGUACCAGUGAGCAUCAUAAAUUUGUGAGGGAACAGGUUGUCAAGCAGCUCAAAUCCCACCCCGAGUUGUAUAGGGGUUAUGUUCCUAUGGAAUACGAUGAGUACCUUAAGAAAAUGAGCAAGAGUGGUGAAUGGGGUGACCAUGUCACAUUGCAGGCUGCUGCAGAUGUGUAUGGUGUGAAGAUAUUCAUCAUUACAUCAUUCAAGGAUACAUGCUACAUUGAGAUACUUCCACACACACAGAUAUCAAAGAGAAUUAUUUUCUUGAGUUUUUGGGCAGAAGUGCAUUAUAACUCCAUAUAUCCACGAGGAGAGUUGCCAAUAGUUGAGGGUGACAAGAAAAAGAAGAAAUGGUGGCGGCUUGGGAAAGACUGACUUUUUAAACUUGUGUGAGGCAAGUCCCUCCCUCUCCAGUCUCUCUAUUUGGUGGCUCUCUCUAAGUUCUCUAGUUUGGGAAGGACUGAAAAGAAGGGACAAACGAAAAUCAGCUUGAUAGGAUUGUG